CGCCAGAAUGCGGAGACCGCAAGAAACGGAAACCACGCUAGUCUAGAGUUCAGAAGCCCCAACACCUAAAAUUCACCUAUUGCCGAACGAAAAUAGCCCCGCCAACUCUACUGGUCAUCUCCAGAAAACCACCAAAUUCUAGUACGUCACAUGGAGAACGAAGACAUGCUGAGACCAUUGCCUGACCAUGUUGACUUGCUCAUCCUUGGAGCAGGCUGGACCUCGGAUUUCUUGAUACCUCUGCUUGAGAAGAAAAACAUAUCCUAUGCGGCCACAUCAACGACCGGCCGAGACGGCACGAUACCUUUCAAGUAUGACCCAAAUACCGAAGACCCUGCACAGUUCAGGAGAUUGCCCUCAGCUGUCACCGUCGUUAUUGUAUUCCCACUCAAGGGCAAAGGUCAAUCAAGUCACCUGACCAAGCUCUACAAAAAGACCCACGAGAGCAGUGAGCCCCACUACAUCCAACUCGGUGCUACAAGCAUUUGGAAGGGCGAGGGCUGGCAAAAUGACGACUCGCCCUAUGACACCAGCAACUCACGUGCCAUUGCGGAAGAUGAGCUUAUGGGGGUUGCCAACGGCGCGGUCAUGAACCUUGCUGGCCUGUACGGUGGCGCCCGGCAGCCUCGAAACUGGGUUGAUCGCGUAGUCAAGACAAAGGACGAACUCAAGGGCAAGGGCGCCCUGCAUCUCAUCCAUGGCGAGGAUGUCGCAAGGGGGAUCAUCGCACUGCAUAAGAACUUCACUCCUGCGAAGCGCUGGCUUCUGUGUGACCUCCAUACAUACGAUUGGUGGGAUCUCGUGCAGGACUGGGCAAUCAAGGUACAAUAUGAUGCUGAAGCUGGUAACAUUCGCGUGGAGGAUGCCGAGAUUGCGAAACAAAAGCAAAUGCAGGUCUGGGUAGGCGAGUUGAUGGAGGAAGAAGGCGUCAAGGCAUUGCCCAGAGACUCGCCCUUGCUUGGUCGUGUCCUUGAUGGAAGGGCAUUCUGGAAGACAGUGGGAAUUUGGCCGAGUCAAGGACGUGUACUUUAAGAUGUUUCCAUGGAUGUAACCAAAAGCUUUUGUAAUUCUCCAAUUUCGAUAUUUGGACUCAAAAUCGCUCCUGGAAUGCAUGCAUCGAGAGCACUGGAAUAUCUCUGAUAUACGUCAGCCAGCACUAAUUUCAGCUCUCCAUUUGAUAUAAUACCAG